UUAUUAUUAUUAUUAUUAUUAUUAUUAUUGUUGUUGUUGUUGUUAUUGUUAUUGUUAUUGUUAUUAUUAUUAAAAAACAAAACAGGAAAGUCCGCUUGUCUUUUGAACAAGCAACACCUGGAUGGUUGAGAAUCUCUGUGUGCGUGCAGAAGCCGUCUCUGGAAUUGCUCACCUGUCUGUCUCUUUACAGGGCACCUGUCCCAGAACUCCAAGCCAGAUACAUGGCUGAAAACUCCUUAAAGAAUGCAGGUGCUUCUCCCUGUGUUGGCUCAGCUGCCAGCCUCGAGAAGAAAAAGAGGGCAGGUUGCAACGGAGUUUUAAAACUGCCCGGUUUGAGGGCUACAUCAGCGUUCCGGAUGGAAAGUUCAUUGCUUAGAGUGGUGUUCCUCCACCUCGACAACUUUUAAUACGCAUGGACUUCAACUCAGAUUUCCCCAGCCAGCAUGAAUUCUGGGAGUUGAAAUCCACACAUCUUGAAGUCGGGUUAUAACAUUAUAUAACCGUUCGGAAUUGACUACGUCGCAAAGCCAGUUCAGAGAAAAGGUGGGAAAGAAAAUGGAAUUGGUAGAGGGAGGUGAAAUCUCUUGGCUGAAGAAUCCCACUCCCCAAUUUUAACCUAGAGCAGGGGUCCCCAAACCUUUUGGGUACCAGGGACUGAUUCUGUGGAGAAAGGUUUUUCCACGGACCGGAGAGUACAUGGUUUUGUCUGCUGCCUGCAUCCCACAGAUGGGGCUUUGCUUGUUUGUGGGGACCGGUUGCUGGCAUGCCGUGGCCUGCUACCGGUCCACAGACCGGGGGUUGGGGACCCCUGGUGUAGAGAGCAACGCUAUGGCCUGUUCUCCACACAUCUUCUAAUUUUUUUCUGUCCCUUCUGGUUAGCCCCUGGCUCAGGUGCCCUGCCGCCAGUGUGCCGUGGUGUCCAGUUCUGGACAGAUGCUGGGCUCCCAUUCAGGGAAAGAGAUUGACGCCAAGGAAUGCGUCCUGCGUAUGAACCAGGCGCCCACCCAGGGCUACGAGGAAGAUGUGGGCAGGCGUAGCACCCUCCGGGUGGUCUCCCACACCAGCAUCCCUUUGCUGCUACGCAACCAGAGCUACUUCUUCAAGCAGUCCUAUGACACCACCUACAUCAUCUGGGGUCCUCCCCGGCUGAUGAGGCGGGAGAAGAUCGGCUUGGUCUAUCGGAUGCUGGCGAAGGUCAAGGAGAUGUACCCGGCCUUGCGUCUCUACACGCUCACCGAGCAGAUGAUGGCCCACUGCGAUGAGCUCUUCCAACUGGAGACAGGGAAAAAUAGGAUGAAGUCUGGUUCCUUCCUCAGCACCGGCUGGUUCACCAUGGUUUUGGCGAUGGAGUUGUGCGAGCAGAUUUUUGUCUUCGGCAUGGUCAGUGAGAACCAUUGCAAAGACAAGAACCAGCCUCUGGUGCCUUACCACUAUUUUGAGAAGGGGCGGCUGGACGAAUGCCAGAUGUACCAGGUCCACGAACAAGCUGCCCGUGGCGGGCACCGUUUCAUCACCGAGAAGGCCAUUUUUUCUCGCUGGGCCAAGAAAAGGAACAUUAUCUUUACUCAUCCGUCGUGGUCCAAUGGGUAGAAGGGGCUAUUUGUGGCUGGCUGGCUGAAGCUUUGCCACGUGGGGAGGCCGGAGUAAUUACGGCGUUGCAAAAAACUUGCACGGAAGGACAAAGUCUGCGUGAUCAAAAUAUCUCUCCACCUUCUUCUGUUGGCUACCAGUUUUUAACUUCCGCUCAGAGACUGCACAGUCUUCCUGGUUUUUUUUUAUUAUUUCCUCUGUGCCUGCUGAUGUGUUACGAUCCUUGCACAGCAAACAGAAAUGCUCUCAUCAAAAGCUGAGGUUUGAUGCUCUUAAACCAGUUUCCUCUUUCAGGCAGAUUCUGGAGGGUUGAAUCGAGAAGAAGGAGAUUUUGAUGUUUUUGUGUUGCAAAAGCCCUCCCUGAAAAUUAAAGGCACAACCAUCACGAAAGCAGAGAGAGAGAGAGAGAGAGAGAGAAAAGAAAGAAAGAAAAGAAAGAAAGGAAAAAGGGAGAAAGAGAGAGGAGAGAGAAAGAGAGACA